GAGAUUGGCUUUGGGUAAAUUUUUAGAUGAUGCACACGAGAAUGAAAAGAAAGACGCGCCCGUGAGCACACGUCAAUGGCUGACCACAUCGACCCUUAUAUUUAACAGAAUCAAAAUGGCGGCCCUACGGAUUUUUGCACGUACCGUGCUUUCCACGUGCCGGCAAUAUUCAAGGGGAAUUGACGGGUUGUUUUCGCCGGGGGAUGCUUUCGGGCCGAGAGCAUUACAGGUCGCGAAACGAUGGGCCAGUUUCAAAACCUCCCCUGUAUACAAUGAAGAGACAAAAUAUACAGACUUCGAGGUCUCUAAAGACCCAAAGGAAUGGAUGUUUGUGGAACGAUGUUUAAAAUUGGCUUAUAUACCUAGUCCUCCAAAAAACGUUGAUGCUUUACCCUCUGGAUGGAAACCACAAAGAGAUGAAGCAAAAUCAUUCCCUUACUAUAUAGAACGUUCGAAAAAUCAUCAACAAUCAGUUUAUCUGAGGAGAGAUAAACGAGGAUUGAGAAGAGUCACAUAUGUUAGGAAAAUCCAAGGAGACAUCGUCGCUUUGCAUGCGGAACUGAAGCAAUAUCUGUACGAAUUAACUGGCGUUCCGAUUGGUUCUCAAAUUCUGGAGCCCAAUGGUGUUUUAAAAUUCCGUGGUGAUCACGUCUCCCGCAUCAAAGAGUGGCUCACCGAGAGAGGAUUUUAAACAACUCCGAAGAGCAGCCGAUAGAACAGUCCCAAAAUUUACUCUGAAAUAUUUUGAUAAUUGCUAACGUAAAUGUCAAGAAACUCAUUUUCUGGAGAAAAAGUUUUAUACAAAAAAAAAUGUACAAAAAAACAUUUUUCUUACAUUUUUUUUGUAUUCCUCUAAAUCUCUUCUAUCCCAUGAUUUUUAUCAACUUAUCAAUAAGCUGGAUUCAUCUGUUGUUCUGCUCUUACACUAAAAUUCAAAAUCAUGCAGAAUUUUAGUUAUCGAUUGUAUAAAUAAAUGAAUAAUAAACACUUUCUCUUGUUCAAA